AUGAAAUUACUGAACCGUUUUCAUAAGUCAGAGAAGGAUCCAUUCUCUACAGAGGGCAACUCGGGUGCCCAGAUUUCACUUCAAGACUCCCAAGGUUCGGAUAAACCAAUCAAUCUAAAUUCAAAUUCUGCAUAUCCAAUAAAAUCCAUUGAAGCUGGUGAAAAACAACCUUAUGAUAUUGAAAAUUCAUCAUCUAUUGAGGGUGAUAUCACCGAAACAAAGGUGAAAAGAGGGUUGAAGUCGAGACACGUCGCUAUGAUUGCCCUUGGUGGUACUAUUGGUACUGGUUUGUUCGUUGGUACACAUACCCCUUUACAAGUUGCUGGGCCAGUAAAUACAUUGAUUGCAUACUUAUUUUUUGGUUGUUUGGCGUAUUCAGUCACCCAGUCAUUAGGUGAAAUGGCUACUCAUACCCCAGUGGCUGGCUCCUUCUGUACUUUCAAUGAGAGGUAUAUCUCCAAAGCUGCUGGGUUUGCAACUAAUUGGGCAUACUGGUUCUCGUGGGCCAUAACUUUUGCAAUUGAACUAUUCACAGUUGGUCAAAUUAUUGAAUAUUGGACUGACGCCGUCCCAAACUGGGGGUGGAUCAUCAUCUUUUAUUUUGUUCUAACAGGUGCCAAUUUUGUUCCUGUUCGAUAUUAUGGUGAAAUUGAAUUCUGGAUUGCAUUUAUCAAGGUCAUUGCAAUCAUUGGUUUCAUUAUCUACGCUCUCUGUAUGGUUUGUGGUGCCGGUAAGACCGGACCUGUUGGUUUCAGGUAUUGGAGACAUCCGGGCCCUUGGGGUGCUGGUGCUGGCCUAGUGUCUAAUACUAAUACAGACAGAUUCCUUGGAUGGGUUUCCUCCUUAAUCAACGCAGCAUUCACCUAUCAAGGUGUUGAAUUGACAGGUAUAUCUGCCGGUGAAUCCGCCAAUCCAAGAAAAACAGUUCCAAAGGCAAUCAAUAAGGUCAUUUUCAGAAUUUUAGUUUUCUUCAUUUUGACGUUGUUCUUUAUUGGUUUGCUAGUUCCAUACAAUGAUCCUGCGUUAAAUCCAAAUAACCCAUCCAAUAAAAGUUUUAUUUCUUCAUCUCCUUUCUUAAUUGCCAUCACCAAUUCCGGUACCAAAGUUUUACCGCAUAUUUUCAAUGCCGUCAUGUUGGCCACAAUCAUUUCUGCUGGUAAUUCAAAUGUUUAUAUUGGAUCCAGAAUUUUGUAUUCAAUGGCUGGUUCAACAGCACCAAAGAUUUUCGCACGUGUUAAUAGAUUUGGUGUUCCAUAUGUAGGUGUCUUAUUCACCUCCAUCUUUGGAUUGCUAUCAUUAUUGAAUAUAUCAAAUUCCGGUGGUACAGUGUUCAACUGGUUGAUGAACAUCACCGCCUUGGCGGGAUUGAUUUGUUGGUGUUUCAUCACGGCUGCACAUUUGAGAUUCAUGGAUAUUCUCAAAUCGAGAAACAUCUCUAGAGACACCUUACCAUUCAAGGCAAAUUUUGGACCUGUUGUUGCUUGGAUCACUGAAUUUUUCUUAGUUUUGAUUUGCUUCAUUCAAGGUUACGAUGUCUUUUUCAAUUUCAAUGCCAAUGACUUCUUUGCAUACUAUGUUUCACUAAUCAUAGUCUUUGUAUUUUGGAUUGUUUCGCAAUUGACAAUCUAUAGAAAUGAUCCAUGGCUAAUCCCCGUGGAAGAUGUGGAUAUCGAUUCCCAUGCAAGACAUUUGGAUAACGAAAUAUGGGAAGAUGAAGGUGAAACCUCUAAAUUCGAAAAGUUCUGGGACAUUAUAUUGUGA